AUGCCACGCCAAAUGGUUGUUCUUGUCCUCAUCUCUAUCGCCCUCGUCGGUUUCGCCUGCGCCACGGCCCACCCGACUUCCCCGUCUGCCGCGCCAAAAACUGCCCCGGGUGCGUCACCAACAAAGGCACCAACCGCGGCACCAAAGUCCCCCAAAUCAGCUGCCUCCCCACCUUGGAGACACCAUGGACGUUCCCCGCCUACACCGUCAUCGGGCUCGGAUUCUGGUUCAACGGCAUCUGAUGCAGCACCAGCUGACGCGCCCGCUUCCUCAGGAACCGUGAUGAAGGGCUCUGCGGGCGCGUUGGUUGUUGCUGCUUACUUUUUGUUCUAG